GCAGCCUUGAACCUAAAAUCUCCUUUACCUCAUAAUGUGUCUCCCCCUGCACAACUCGGGCCUUUAGGGUUGCUCGAUCUACCAGUCUGAUGAGUGAGCUUAUCGCUGGUUUUAACAGGCUUCUGUGAAUGACCUGAUGCAAUUUCCCUAACAGUGGAGUGAGUUUAAGCUGUACCGAGACCGGGUUGAUUAUUCUCUCUAUUGGGAAAGGUCCUUUCAACUUUGGUCCAAUAUCUUGCAUGGGAGUCUUAGUUUAAGGUACUUUGUCAAGAGGUGGACCUUGCUCCCCACUCGGAACGGCUCUUGGGGUCUAUGGCGUGUACCCGCUUUGCGUUUUAUAGGUUUUCGCUGCUUCCCGUAGGGCACACUCGGUAUUUUCCCACCCCUCCUUCAAAGACUGUAUCCAUUAAUUUAGGGAUACCGAUGAGGGGGAUUUCCUUAGGGAGUUCAUGUGUGGGAACGAUCUCCAUGCCGCUAGGAACCUGAAAAGGAGUUAGACCAGUGCUGCGAUCCACAGCAUUCUGGUAUGCCAUCUCAGCGAACGGCAGCAAUUCUGUCCAAUUAGACUGCUGACGGUUGACGUAACACCUUCAAUAUGGCUCCACCAUUGCGUUUUCUCGUUCGUGGGCCCCAUUGGUACUCGGAUGGAAAGCCAAGCUAAGCCCCUGCAGGGACCCGCUGGACCUAACGAACUCCGUCCAGAAUUUGGUAGUGAAUUGGAGCAUCCUGUCAGAAAUAAUUCUGCUUGGGAUGCCAUGCAAUCUGUCUUAUUAAUAAAUAGCUUGGCAAAGUUUUCUUGCUGUGGGGAGCCCAGAGCAGGUGGUGAAGUGGGCUUUUGUGACUAUACAUUUCCGAAAAGGAAAUACUCUUCUCUGUUUCUUUUUUCCUUCCAACAGCAGAUAAAAAGAUUGUGACCAAAGAUUUACCUUGAAGACAACUGUCAACAGAUAGUAGAAAAUCAACCCAAGGCAGCAGCCGCCCGAAAGGAUGAUGGAGCCUGGGAAACUCUUAGAUCCCGCAUCAGACACAAGCAGGAGUCCGAAAAAAUCUUAUGAAUGCUCAGAAUAUGGGAAAUCCUUUGUCCACAGGUCCCUCCUUUUGACCCACAGGAAGGUCCAUGUGGGAAGUGGAUCCAGUGAAGGUUUGAAGGGUCAAAAAUCCUUCUCUGGAAAAAAUAACAAAGAUCUCAGAAGCCCCCCAAUACUAAAACCCUAUAAAUGUGAGGAAUGUGACUUAUGCUUUGGACGAAGGUCACACCUUCUUAGACAUCAGAAAAUCCACAACGAAGAGAAACCUCAUCAAUGUCUAGAAUGUGGGAAGUUUUUCCGUAGAAAAGACCAUCUCAGAAACCAUGAGAGGAUUCACACAGGGGAGAAACCUUACAAGUGUUUGGAAUGUGGGAAGAGCUUUUCUCAGAUGUCAAAUCUUAUGGCCCAUGAGAAGAUUCAUGCAGGGAUAAAGACUUACAAAUGCUUUGAGUGUGGAAAAUGUUUCACUCACAGUUCAGUUCUUUGGAGUCAUUUGAAAACACACAGAGGUGUGGGAAAGGAAAAGUGCCUGGAAUGUGAGAAAUGUUUUACCUCAAAAUCAAUCCUGUUGCAACAUCAGAGACUUCACACUGGAGAGGGACCCUAUGAAUGCCCAGAAUGUGAGAAACGAUUUGUGGAUUCUUCUGAACUUCAGAGUCACCAGAAGAGGCACAAAGUGGAGAAACCCUACAAAUGUCAGGAAUGUGAGAAAUCCUUUGCCCGCAGGUCCCUCCUUUUGAGCCACAGGAAGGUCCAUGUGGGAAGCGGAUCCAGUCAAGGUUUGGAUGGUGUGAAAUCUUUCUCUGGAAAAGACGCCAAAGAUCUCAGAAGCCCCCCAAGACUAAACCCCUAUAAAUGUGAAGAAUGUGACUUAUGCUUUGGUCAAAAGUCAAAACUUCUUACACAUCAGAAAAUCCACACUGGAGAAAAACCUUAUCAGUGUCUGGAAUGUGGGAAGUUUUUCCGUACAAAAGCCCAUCUCAGAAACCACGAGAGAAUCCACACAGGGGAGAAACCUUACAAGUGUUGGGAAUGUGGGAAGAGCUUUUCUUGGAAUUCAAAUCUUUGGUCCCAUAAGAAGAUUCAUGCAGGAAUAAACUCUUACAAAUGCUUUGAAUGUGGAAAAUGUUUCAACCAGAGUGAAGGUCUUCGGUGUCAUGUGAAAAUACACACAGGGGAGAAAAACGAAAAGUGUCUCGAAUGCGGGAAAUGUUUUACUCUGAAAGGAAAUCUGGUGCGACAUCAGAGAAUUCAUACUGGAGAGAAACCCUUUGAAUGCCCAGAAUGUGGGAGACGAUUUGUAUAUUCUUAUGAACUUCGGAGUCAUCAGAAGAGACACAAAGAGGAGAAUCCGUAUCAAUGUGGGGAGUGUGGGAAAACUUUUAUUAAGCCAGGACUGCUUCAGAUUCAUCAGAGAAUCCACACAGGAGAGAAGCCGUACAAGUGUGGGGAGUGUGGGAAAUGCUUCUCCAGAAAAGACCUCCUUGGAAGGCAUCAGAGGGUCCACACAGGAGAGAAGCCAUACAGAUGCAUAGAAUGUGGGAAAUCUUUUGCUCAAAAUGGAAACCUUUGGAUCCAUCAUAAAACCCACACAGGGGAGAAACCAUAUGAGUGCAACGAAUGUGGAAGAUUUUAUCGUACCUCAUCAGCACUUAGAAAUCAUGUGAAAACUCACACAGGGGAAAAAAACUACAAAUGUUUGGACUGUGGGAAAGCCUUUGCUCAGUCAUAUACCCUUAGAAUUCACAGCGUAAUCCAUACAGGAGAGAAACCAUAUACAUGCAAGCCAUAUAAAUGCUUGGAAUGUGGGAAGAUCUUCAGUAAGAGUAGCAAUCUCACUUCCCACAAAAGAAUCCAUACAGGGGAGAAGCCGUAUACAUGCCUGGACUGUGGGAAGAGCUUCAGUCGGAGUAGUAGCUUCUCGGCGCAUAAAAGGAUCCACACUGGAGAGAAACCGUAUGAGUGCCCGGAGUGCAGCAAGCGAUUCAGUGAAAGCAGUCAUCUCAUCGCACACAAAAGGAUCCACACGGGGGAAAAACCUUACGAGUGCAUAGAAUGCGGGAAGAGCUUCAGUCAGAGCAGUAGCUUCGCUGCACACAGGAGGAUCCACACGGGGGAGAAACCCUACAAAUGUGUGGAAUGCGGGAAGAGUUUCAAUACCAGUACGCACCUGACAUCUCACAAAAGGAUCCACACAGGAGAAAAACCGUACAAAUGCACGGAAUGCGGGAAGAGCUUCAGCGAAAAUGGGGCUCUGACAUCACACAAGAGGAUCCACACAGGGGAGAAACCGUACAAAUGCACGGAGUGCGGAAAGUGCUUCAGUCAGAGCAGCUCCUUUACACUUCAUAAAAAGAGUCCAUGCACAGGGGAGAAACCCUACAAAUGCUCUGAAUGUGGAAAAAGCUUUAGUAUGAGCAGCCACCUGCUUUCUCACCAGAGGACUCAUGCGGGGAAAAAGUCGUAUAAGUGCUUGGAGUGUGGAAAGAGUUUCACGCAGAACUUCAGCCUGACAGUCCAUCAAAGAACUCAUACUGGGGAAAAACCUUACGAAUGCAUGGACUGCGGGAAGUGCUUCAGCCGCAGCCAGCAUCUCAUUCAACACAGAAGCGUCCACACAGGGGAGAAACCCUUUCAAUGUGCCGACUGUGGGAAGUGCUUCAGCCGCAGCCAGCAUCUUGCCCAACACCGAAGUAUCCACACCGGUGAGAAACCGUACAAAUGCACAGAGUGUGGAAGGCGCUUCAGCAAUAGCGGAAGUCUAAAUACCCACCAGAGAACUCAUACAGGGGAGAAACCCUAUAAAUGCCUCGAGUGUGGGAAGAGCUUCAGCAAGAGCAGUAACCUCACAGCCCAUAAGCGGAUCCAUACAGGGGAGAAGCCAUAUCAAUGCUUGGAGUGCGGGAAGAACUUCAGCAAGAGAAGCAACCUUUAUAAACAUCAGACGAUCCACACAGGAGAAAAACCUUACACCUGCAUGGAAUGCGGGAAGAGUUUCCGGAUGAGUGGGAACUUUUAUAAGCACCAGAGAAUCCAUACAGGAGAGAAACCCUAUGAAUGUCUGGAGUGUAGGAAGCGCUUUGCCCUUAGGCACCAAUUGACUUCACAUCAAAGAACCCAUGCUGAUGAGAACCCAUUCCAAUGCUUAGUGUGUGGCAAGGACUUUAAGUACAGUGAGCAACUUACUCAGCAUGAAACCACCACCCACACGGCAUCCAGCCAAAAUGGAGAUGUGGUUAGAGAAACUUCAGCUCCCUUUGAGAGCUCCUAUUUGUAUCCUGACAAUUGUUUAAUCUCCUUUAUUUGGUCCGGAAACCGGUGAUAAAUAUUGUCUCUUUUGGUAUCUGGGGCUGAACCAAGAGACAUAAUGGAAGAACAGAGAAUCAUUGUAAUCCUCUCUCCUGGCAACAUCUGGAAGGAAACUGAGGUUAUAAUUGAAAAAUAAUUACAGCUUCAAUCAUUUUUAACCCUGAUGAUUGGUUGAUAUCGAUAAUAUUUGUAUCUUAAACAAUGCAGUGGAGAAUGAGAUAGUCAACUGGAAGCCACCCAUAACAGAACUGCAGAGAGUAAUUACAUUCUGUUAUUGAUCUGGGAUCUCACCCAGAAAGGCUUCUAGAAGGUUCUGUAUGACAGAUGUGUGAUAUGAGAUAUCAACUCAGACAUGAAUAAGAAUUUGAAAGGAUUCAUCUUUCCACGGAUAUUUAUGGGUGGAGCAAGAAAUGCCACGCCCAUUGGCAUUAUCAUGCAAAUGAUGUCUGUGAUAUCUAUGUGGCUUCUACUGUUGCCUUUUCUCCUCCCCAUUGCAUUUAAUGUGCUUUGAUGAAGUAUAAUAACUUCCUUAUGUUCAUUUUCAAAGAUCUUCUGGAGCCUGCUCAAGAUAAGAGAAAAGCUUAAACAGGAUCCCAUCCAAAAUCUCUUAGGAUUAAACCAAACCCGUGGCUGGUAAUUGGCAGACUUGUUCAAAUGACAUCCUUUGGGUAGAAGGAGAAAAAUCUGAAUUAUAUUCUUGUUCCUGCAACUUUCACCAUCCAACAAUCUUGAGAUUUUCUUCCAGAUGGGAAAGGUUUUAUUAUCUACUAGGGUUGAAACCUCUUCGGGAGAGGCUUACUCAUGAGCCGGUCUUAAUCUGACACCAGUUCAUAAAAUGUCAACAGUUUUUUCUGAUCUCUUAAGUGGACCUCUCAUUCAACCAACUUGUCUCUGAAAGUUCUCAAAAGUUACUUAAGACUUGUUUCAGGUUUAUUGUAGUCUUGUUAGUUCUGUAGUGAUGUAAAUCUUUUUUACGGCGUUUCUUGGAAUUGCAGAUGUAUAAUUUAAAUGUUUUCCUCUUUAUGGUGGUUUCUUUUUAAACAAGUAUUUUAUUGCAGCGGUGAAAUAAUUUUGCCAUCUUUCUGUGCUUAAUAGGAGACUGUAGAUAAAGAAGUGGAAAGAAUGUUGUUAAUGUCACAAAAAUAAGGAUUUUAAAAACUUUUUUCAUCCUCUCACAAUACCUACAGCCCUCCAGUAUUUUUAAAUGUAGAGGUUGGUGACUCCAGCAGUUUUAGGAGACUAACACUUAGAAAACAAGAAGGAUGAUGUAUGUCCAGAGAAGCCUCAGGGACCUCAAAAAUGCAAAUGCGUAACCUAAACAUAUUGCUGUCUGUAGGUCUCAAACUGUAUGUUAGUAGUUUGUAAUCACAGAUGACUGGGUCUGCAUAAUCAUGGCCAUUUCAGCCAUUCCCCCAGCUGCCACAAAGAAGGGAGGGAGGCUUCUGCUUCCUGCCUCACUUUCUUUUUUUAAUCCAAACAAAAUACUUUUUUGAAAGAAAAAAUAUAUAUGCAUACUGCUUGAUUCAUGAUGGAAUUGCCAUGGACAAUUUCAGGGAGAUUCUCUGCCUCCUGCCCACAUUAACUUGGAUUAAUUUAUAUCACCUAUCUGUGCUGCUGAAGAAGCGUAUGGAAAUGGAAAAGGACACAGAGACAGCAUUCUUCGAGAAGGCCCAGUUUUGCUGCAUCUCUUAAGACUUUGCUUUCAUUUUAGAAAUUUAAGUAACUUCCAGCGUGAAAGAUUCUAUCCUGUUUGGUUGGAUGGAGUUAGUUCAACCUCGGGAUGAGCCAAAUAAAAUGUUUUAGUCUAGAUAAACAAAAUAGGUUUCAUUAUUUUGAAUGCCAACUGGAAAACAUCUUUUAACUAAAUAUAUUCAUGAAAGGAUUAUAGCUGCCUUCUAAAUAUUUACAGAUGUUAGCUACGGUAAGUUGAAAAAGGGGAAGGGUCAACUGGCACAUCCCUUUUUCCUUUUCCCCAUUUUUCCAAUGGGAAAUAAAUUUUACUAAAUGUCAAGGCAAGGACAUAUUUCUUGGAAAAAAGACAGGAGAUGAUGCUAUUUUAGUUGGAAAGUCCUAUUUGAUCUGUUGAUCAAGAUUUACCCAUUGAAGUAGAGUUGCUGUUUGAUGACCCAGUCUUUAAUUGGAAAAGAAGAAAGAGAAAGAAAGAAAGAGAAAGAAAGAAAGAAAGAAAGUAAACAACCAGCAGCAAGAUGGUUACAACAGUGAAUGCACCUUCGAUCUGGUUAAAAGGCCAAGUUGAAGAGAGAUCUUCCUGAAGAAAAUCCAUGUGGUCCACUCAAGAUUCAACAUAGAUUUGGUGGCACGUAAUUAACAUUUGAUUGGUAAAUCAACUCAGAAUAUAUUAACUUGCCCUGAGUGUUUCAGGCAAGUAGAUAUUUUGUUUCAACAUUUAUAUUUGAAUGUUGCCCAUAUAAUUAGAUUCAAUUCCAAUUUUAGAUGAUUUUCUAAAUUGCAGUAUCCCUAAACACUACAUCUAAGUCACCAAAACUGUUUUCUAGCUCUGUAAACAAGAAAAUCCUUCCAGAUUUAAUGUGUAUGAAUGUGUUUCUUCAGUAAAGUGAACUGUGCUUGUUAUUA